ACUCGGCUUCUUCUCCUGAGCGUCUCACACUUCACUCUCUGUCUCUCUGUCUCUCUGUCUCUGCUCCUGUCUCACCUCUUAUUUUUCUUUCCCUAAUCAUACUCUGCAUAUAUUACCUCUAUCAGGUGAAGCGCGUAUUUCGGACCUUGUGUAUGGGUGUGUGUGUGUGUGUGUUUGGUCAUGAGUCCUGGACUUUCACGAUCCGAGGAGAAGGUGAAGGGUUCGAUCGAUGGCAGCGUGGAUCACAGUUUGGAGCGAGGAACUGAUGGAGAAACUCCACUGCCGCUGAAAAACUACAUCUUCCUGACUAUCUUCACGUGUUUCUGUCCCGCGUGGCCCAUCAACAUCGUAGCGCUCGUCUUCUCUAUGAUGUCUCAGAGCAGCUACGAUAACGGGGAUUAUGACGGAGCUCGCCGUCUGGGGAGGAAGGCUCUUCACAUGGGCGUCGCUUCUUUCAUCAUCGGCAUACUCAUAAUUAUGACCUUCUGCAUCGUGCACUUCACUACGCACACCAUCUGAGCACACAGCGGAAGCUGAGCUGGAUCAGUCGAGAGGUUCAUCGUGACCUCUCAUGGACUCGCAGGACAAAGCGGGAUGUCUCGAUCUCUCAUGGCUCAGAGACGCCCAGCGUGCAGCACUGUACAGUGUUUAUGGCUAAUCUGUAAAAUUUUAUAUAUUUCAAAACUCUGGCACGUGUAAAUUCUGGUACAACAGCAUGAGUGGGAAGAUCAGAUAUUUAUUUUCGAAGUGUUUACCACGUUAUAUAGCCUGUGUUAAUUACAGUUAGCGUUAAAUUCACACUAGUACGCGUCAUCAAGAUCCUCCUACCGGCGAGCUUAUUGUCUAUAUUUUUGAGAAGCAUGACGUAAAUGACGUAAUUAAUGAACACAAUGUCUGAGAAAAGUGGAAAAACAAUAACAACAAAGAUGAUUGAAUGAAAAAAGGCUAAUUACAUCAGUUCAGUUUGGUUUAGAGGAACCGUUCAGUAAAUAAAACAAAUCUGCUAGCCGGUGUUUUGCAGUUUUACAUUGAAGUUACGACGCUAAUGUAGCUAACAGGUAAUGGAAGUCUGUCUCAGCCGAUGUAGAUGACUACGCCGCUGCUCUUUCCUCUUUAAUGUGUAUUUUUUUUUACAUUUAUUUUAUUUAUUUAUUUAUUUAACCACGGCAGUCACGUUGAGAUAGAAAUCACUUUUACGAGCGGAAACGUAAUUCUUCAAUAUGGAUUUUCGCUGCUGUCCUCCGAAGUAAUUGUUUUUAAAAUGAUAUUUCAGACGAUUGAAGAGAGUAGACGUGGAUUUAGAGCGAGACAGAAUUCCAUUACACGCAGGAAAUUGUGAACAUUUCAUUUCUUAAUUUUCCUUUAAAUCACGCGGCUUGGUAUUGAUCAUGUUCGUUAGUUCACACUUUUUGUUAAAAAAAACCCCAAUGAUGGCAAAUUUAUGUUUGUACAGAAAUGAUUUGUCUGUGUGAUUGUGAAUUUUUUAAAGAAUAUGUGCAAUAUAUGAAUUUAAACAAACAAAUAAAUAAAUAAAUGGAAAUCAAUGUGUGAAUUUA